AUGACGGUUACCUUACGACGUACAAGAGAGGUGACCAUGAAGCUUACCACGUACAAGAGGCGUCACCAUGGCGCUUAUCUUACCGCCUACAAGAGGCGUCACCAUGGCGCUUACCUUACCGCCUACAAGAGGCGUCACCAUGGCGCUUACCUUACCGCCUACAAGAGGCGUCACCAUGGCGCUUAUCUUACCACGUACAAGAGGCGUCACCAUGGCGCUUAUCUUACCCCGUACAAGAGGCGUCACCAUGGCGCUUACCUUACCGCCUACAAGAGGCGUCACCAUGGCGCUUACCUUACCGCCUACAAGAGGCGUCACUAUGGCGCUUACCUUACAACCUACAAGAGGCGUCACCAUGGCGCUUAUCUUACCACGUACAAGAGGCGUCACCAUGGCGCUUACCUUACCGCCUACAAGAGGCGUCACCAUGGCGCUUACCUUACCGCCUACAAGAGGCGUCACCAUGGCGCUUACCUUACCGCCUACAAGAGGCGUCACCAUGGCGCUUACCUUACCGCCUACAAGAGGCGUCACCAUGGCGCUUACCUUACCGCCUACAAGAGGCGUCACCAUGGCGCUUACCUUACCGCCUACAAGAGGCGUCACCAUGGCGCUUAUCUUACCACGUACAAGAGGCGUCACCAUGGCGCUUAUCUUACCACGUACAAGAGGCGUCACCAUGGCGCUUACCUUACCGCCUACAAGAGGCGUCACCAUGGCGCUUACCUUACCGCCUACAAGAGGCAUCACCAUGGCGCUUACCUUACCGCCUACAAGAGGCGUCACCAUGGCGCUUACCUUACCGCCUACAAGAGGCGUCACCACGACGAACAUCAUCAGGAUGAAUCCCAUGCUGAAUCCCCACUCAUGUAUAAUGUAGUUACUAAGAGAUGUGCGUUUUGGAGAGGACCGCCAAAUCGUGGUGAGAACAAGCAUCUGAUUAAACAAGGCUGUCAGUUAAAUGUUGGUGGUAAAUGA